AUGUAUAUAAAUCCAAAUCAAUAUUUCUCAACAUAUAAAGAAAUAAGAAGAACUUCAUCAUCACAUUCAACUUGUAAAUUAGUUAUAUUUGUUUCAGGAUUAGAUGUUGAUUCAUUAUGUGCUGGAAAAUUAUUAAGUUUAUUAUUUAAAAAACAAUUAAUUCAAUUUCAAAUUAUUCCUGUUACUGGUUAUAAUAAUUUAAAAUAUCAUUAUUUAAGAUUAGAUUCUGAUAUAAGUAAUAUUAUAUUAAUUGGAUGUGGUGCAAUGUUAGAUGUUGAAAAUUUUCUUGAAUUAGAUCCAAAUUCUUUAUUAGAUAAUGAUAAUUUUGAUGACGAUAAUAAUAAUGAAAAUUUAAAUUUAGUUAGUGGGAAUAAAUUUAAAAGAAAAAUUUAUAUAAUAGAUGGUCAUAGACCUUGGAAUUUAGAUAAUUUAUUUGGUUCUGAAAUUGUUGUUUGUUUUGAUGAUGGAUUUAUUGAUGCAAAUUUAAUGGAAGAGAAAAAAGCAUAUGAAAUAUUGAUAUUACAAGAAAAUCUGGAUUCAGAAUCUGAAUCUGACAGUGAUUCAGAUGACUCUUCUACAGAAGUGGAUAUAUCUGAAUCUGAGUUUCAAAUAAAUUCUCAAGAUUCAUCUGAAAAUAUAACUAGAAAAAGAAAAUUACAAGAACGUCAUUCAAAACAAAAAUUAAAAAAACAAAAAUUAGAAAAUGAAACCAUAUUAAGAAAUUAUUAUAAUCAAGGUUCAUCAAUAACCACUUCUAAUUCAACCACAGUCUAUGCAAUAUUAACAUCAAUUGGUGAAACAAAUUUAGAAAAUUUAUGGAUAACUAUUAUAGGAACAUCAUCACUUGAUAAUCAAUAUCCAGAUAUUUAUGAAAAAUUACAACCACUUUUAAAAGAUGAAGUAACAAGAUUAAAUCCUCAACAUCAAUCAACUAAAAAAAAAGCUGAUCAUACAAUGUUAAGAAUUGAAAGAGAUUAUCAAUUAUUUUUACUACGACAUUGGACUUUAUAUGAUUCAUUUUUUUAUUCAAGUCAUGUUAAUUCAAAAUUAAAUCUUUGGACUGAUGAAGGUAAAAAAAAAUUACAUAAAUUAUUUGCAAAAAUGGGAGUAUCAUUAGCUGUUGCUCAACAAAAAUGGCUUUAUAUGGAUACAAAAAUUAAAAGACAAUUACCAAUUAUAUUUAGAAGAUAUUUACCAAUAUAUGGAUUAGAAGGUAUAAUAAGAGAAGGAUUUGUUAAAACUUAUGGUUAUACUGGUUCAUUAUCUGCAAUGGAAUGUGUUGAAGCUUUAAAUGCAUUGUUGGAAUUAGAUGAAAAAUUUAUAAUGGAAUCAAAUAAAUUAAAUGAAUCAAUUAAUAAUACUAAUGAAAAUGAAAUUAUCCGUAAAAGAAUGGAACGAAAAGAAAAUUCUUGGUUAAAUAAUUUUUGGUCAUCAUGGGAUGCAUUAAAUUUAUCAAAAUCUUUAAAUUCAAAAAUUGAUAACCAAUUUACAAACAAUUCCUCACCAUUUAUAAAAUUAAAAGGAAGUGAAUUAUUAUUUAAAGGUUUAGAAUAUGCAAAACAAUUACAACAAAUUACAUUUAAAACAGGAAUGUCAUUAUUAGAAAGAAAAAUGAUAAAAAAUUUAAAAUUAUAUAGAUUAUGUGUUUUAAAUGAUGGUUCAAUACCAGAUUUAGAAAUUUUUUUAAAUCCUUUAAUGUUAACAAAAUUAGGUUCAUGGUUAAUUGAAAAUUUAGCAGAAUUAGAUUUUAUAAAUGAAAAUAAUAGUUUAAAACCUUUAAUUGUUGCAAGUUUAGAUUCAAAAAGUGAUACUUAUUUAGUUAUUGGUUUACCUCCUCGUUAUCCAAGAAGUAUGAAUAAUUCAGAAAAAGCAAAAUUAAUUCAACAACAGCUGCAACAAAAUGAAUUUAUAACUAGUGAAUCAAUGAAUUCAAGAUUAAAUAUUUUUAGUACUGCUUUUCAACAAAUGGCAAAUACAACUGGUGCUAAAAUUAGAGUUGAUAAUUUUGAAUCUUCAAUUAUUGAAGUUCGUAAAGAUGAUUUAGCUCCAUUUUUAGAACAAUUCACUUUAAGUGGAUUAAUUUAA